AUUUAUACAAACACCAGAAGCUGAACUUGUAAUUCUCUCUCUCUCUCUCUCUCUCUCUCUCUCUCUCUCUAUAUAACUUUCUCUCUUUCUCUCCAUCUCCUUUCUUGCAGUAUCAUUCAAUGGCUGCCCUCUGUAAAUCCCCAUUUCUUCUGUGCAUUUCCUUCUCAUUCUUCUUCAUUCAUUGCUCGGUAUCAGCUUUAAAUGAAGCUGAUAUCCUCCUUACCUUCAAGGCCGCCAUUGAUGAUGCAAACAACUAUCUCUCAACCUGGUCAAACACCUCUUCUCUUCAUCACUGUAACUGGACUGGCAUUGUUUGUAGUCCUUCACCUUCCCUCUCUGUUUUCUCUCUGAAACUUCAAAGCUUGAAUCUUUCUGGUGAAAUCUCUCCUUCAAUCUGUGACCUUCCUAAUCUGUCUUCCCUUGACCUUGCUGAUAAUCUUUUCAAUCAACCAAUUCCACUCCACCUCGCUCAGUGUACUUCUCUGCAGACUUUGAAUCUCAGUAACAACCUCAUUUGGGGAACAAUCCCUGAUCAGAUUUCUCAGUUUGGUUCCCUUAAAGUUCUUGAUUUGAGCAGGAAUCAUGUCGAAGGGAAGAUCCCAGAAGGCAUUGGUUCAUUGGUGAACCUUAAAGUUCUUAACUUGGGCAGCAAUCUGCUUUCAGGUACUGUUCCUUCUGUUUUUGGGAACUUGAGUGAGCUUCUUGUUCUUGAUUUAUCUUUGAAUUCAUAUCUCGUGAGUGAGAUUCAUGGUGAUAUUGGAAAGCUAGAAAAGCUUGAGAGACUUUUAUUGCAGAGCUCCGGUUUUCAUGGCAAGAUUCCUGAGUCUUUACUGGGUCUCAAAAGCUUGACCAUUUUGGACUUGUCUCAGAACAAUCUAACUGGUGAGAUUCCUCAAGCUCUGGGUUCUUCUCUCAAGAAUCUGAUGUCUUUUGAUGUGUCAGAAAACAAGCUUCUAGGUUCAUUUCCUGGUGGAAUUUGUACUGGUAAAAGCCUCAUAAGCCUCAGUCUCCAUACAAAUUCUUUCAAUGGUGUAAUACCUAACUCCAUUACUGAAUGCUUGAACCUUGAGAGGUUUCAAGUGCAGAACAAUGAGUUCUCUGGAGAUUUUCCAUCUGGGUUAUGGUCUUUGCCAAAAAUUAAGCUCAUUAGAGCUGAAAACAACAGGUUUUCUGGAAAAAUUCCUGGCUCCAUUUCAAUGGCUGCUCAACUAGAGCAAAUUCAAAUAGAUAACAACAGUUUUUCUGGUGAGAUUCCUCCAGGUCUUGGCUUGGUUAAGAGCUUAUACAGAUUUUCUGCAUCUUUUAAUGGUUUCUAUGGUGAGCUUCCUCCAAACUUCUGUGACUCUCCUGUGAUGAGCAUCAUUAGCCUCAACCAUAAUUCGAUUUCGGGUCGAAUUCCUGAACUGAGAAAAUGCAGAAAACUAGUUUCUUUAUCGUUAGCAAGCAAUAGCCUAACUGGGGAAAUCCCACCGUCUCUUGCUGAUUUACCAGUCUUGACUUACCUUGACUUGUCUGAUAACAAUCUUACUGGUUCAAUCCCACAAGGGCUUCAAAAUUUAAAGCUUGCCCUUUUCAAUGUUUCCUUCAAUCAACUAUCUGGUGAAGUCCCUUUCUCCCUGAUCUCAGGGCUGCCAGCUUCAUAUCUGCAAGGAAAUCCACGUCUUUGUGGCCCUGGACUGCCCAAUUCUUGUGCCACUCAACAGCCAACACACCCUUCUAAUGGCCUCACUGCGUUGACAUGUGCCCUGAUAUCCAUUGCAUUUGCUGUUGGAACAAUGUUGCUUGUCGCUGGAUUUUUUGUCUUUCAACGAUACUCGAAACAGAAAGCUGAAUCGGGUGGUUGGCGUUCUGUGUUCUUCUAUCCUCUGAGGACUACUGAGCAAGAUUUAAUGUUGGGAAUGGAUGAGAAGAGUGCUGUUGGAAUUGGUGGGCCUUUUGGUAGGAUUUACAUUGUAAAUUUACCAAGUGGUGAGCUUGUUUCCAUAAAGAAACUUGUCAAUUUUGGGAACCAGUCUUCAAAAACUCUCAAGGCUGAAGUCAAGACAUUAGCCAAGAUUCGACAUAAGAACAUCGUUAAAGUCCUUGGAUUUUGCCAUUCAAACGAGUCGGUUUUUCUGAUCUACGAGUUCUUGCAGAAAGGGAGCUUGGGGGACUUGAUUUGCAGGCCUGAUUUUCAGUUGCAGUGGAGUGUUAGAUUGAAGAUUGCUAUGGGGAUCGCUCAAGGUUUGGCAUACAUUCACAAGGAUUAUGUCCCUCAUUUGCUUCACAGAAACCUCAAGUCGAAAAAUGUUCUUCUGGAUGGCGAUUUCGAACCAAAGCUCACUGACUUUGCUCUUGAUCGGAUCGUGGGCGAAGCUGCUUUUCAGUCAAUAAUGGCUACAGAAUCUUCACAAUCCUGCUACAAGGCACCAGAAUCUUGUUACAGCAAGAAAGCAACAGAGCAGAUGGAUGUUUACAGCUUUGGUGUAGUCCUAUUAGAACUCAUAACCGGGAGGCAAGCCGAGAAAGUCGAAUCAUCAGGCUCUCUCGAUAUCGUGAAGUGGGUUCGGAGGAAAAUCAACAUUACAAAUGGGGCCGAGCAAGUUCUUGACUCAAAGAUAUCAAGUUCUUCCUCCCAACAAGAGAUGCUAGCAGCCUUGCAGAUUGCUCUUCUCUGCACUUCAGUGAUGCCAGAGAAACGACCAGCCAUGUCGGAAGUGGUGAGAGCAAUUCAAUCCCUCAGCCCCGGCAGCCACCUCCCGGAAUUGGAGGUGUCAUCCACCUCCGAGGAGCAGCAUUUUCCGGUCGUUCCCAUGUGAAGAUCAAAAACUGAAUGCUGCCCAUAUCUUUUUCGCUUUCUGUGAUCUCUCAGCAUGUAAAUUCCAUCUUGAUUUUGCAUAUUUUACUUAUCUUGUGAUUGGAUGAAAAAGAAAAAUGCUUUUUUCCCCCCCUUGAUGACUAAAGAAUGUGUUUGGUUCUGGGGAUGUGGUGUAUGUUCUUCACCAGAAAAUGCUUUGGAGGGUUUGAA